AUUCAAAAUGGCACCGUCUCAAUCAGGAAGUGGAGAAAACAACUAAGAAGAAUAAGUUGGAUAAAAUCCCGUAUUUCUGUUACUUUGACGCGAGUCUUCGUUCAGAAUCGGCCCGUGUGAUCGGGGUUUGGAUUGAGAAUAAGAAACAUACUGACGGUCAUGGAAAGCAUUUGCCCCUGUUAGAAGUGCUAUCUCAGACACAGCCAGCAGUUGGGUGGCGGUCGGAGGGUACAUAGCCUAAGUCAGCUGGUGGUCAUGUGUGAAGCUGUGGUCUGAUGCCCACCCUCCCCUCAGCGCUGGCCAUGGACGGGGAGAACUACCUGCAUCCAGAAGGCCCUCAGCUGGACAGCAGCUUGUUCUCUGUGGCCCCCUCUAACAUGGAGAGUUCAAUAUAUGCCUCUGGUUCCUGGGGAUCCUACUCUCAGCAGGCUGGAUACAGCAUACACUGCCCUAUGCAAUCUGGAAACCAGCAAUACCACUUGAACAGCAGCACUACCACCACCACUCCGGAUGUGCACAUGGACAUAUACUCGGGAUUCUCUGACAUGGACUUUAAUGGCCUCAACCUCCCUAGGAAUGGAGACUUUUCCCAGGAACUGUCCUGCAUUGAUGACCUCUCCACAAACUCUCUGUUCUCCUCUCCGGCUGACUCACUGUCGGAGUAUGCUGAUGCCCAGCCCUUCAUCAGCCCAGACAACCUGAGCACAGUGCCCACCCUCUGGGACGUCAACACUAGUACCACCACCACACCAGCACAGAGCCAGCUAGAGCUGAAUGGCACCAGCAGGUUUCAUGGCUUGGCCAGUUUGGAUGAUAUAACUGCUAUUAUCAGCACCCCACCUUUAGGAGGAUUCCAGCCUCAGAGAACCCAGUCACCCCCAGAGGAGGAAGAGGAUGCUGAGGAAGAGGAAACAGAGGAACUGGGACAUGUAGACACAUAUGCUGAGUACAGACCUUCCAAAUCCACUAUAGGAAUUUCUCAUCCUGACAUAGUGGUGGAGACCAACACGCUAUCCAGUGUCCCUCCUCCUGACAUCACAUACACUCUGUCUAUCCCUGAGUCAACUAUUAACUGCGGUCUGCUGUCCGCUCUGCAGCUAGAGGCCAUCAUCUAUGCCUGCCAGCAACACGAGGUUAUUCUUCAAAACAACCAGAGGGCAGGCUUCCUGAUCGGAGAUGGGGCAGGGGUCGGAAAAGGACGCACUGUGGCAGGAAUCAUCCUGGAGAACUACCUUAAAGGAAGGAAGAAAGCACUAUGGUUCAGCAUAUCCAAUGACCUGAAAUUCGAUGCAGAGAGAGAUCUCAAAGACAUAGAUGCACCGACUAUUCCUGUGCAUGCCUUAAACAAGAUUAAGUAUGGAGACACAGCUACCUCAGAAGGAGUCCUGUUUGCAACUUACUCUGCGCUGAUUGGAGAGAGCCAGGCAGGAGGGCAGCACCGGACGAGAAUAAAACAGAUUCUAGACUGGUGCAAGCCAGACUUUGACGGAGUUAUCAUUUUUGAUGAAUGCCACAAAGCCAAGAAUGCCACAUCUACAAAGAUGGGUAAGGCAGUGCUUGACCUGCAAAACAAGCUGCCACGGGCCAGAGUGGUGUACGCCAGUGCCACAGGUGCCUCUGAGCCAAAGAACAUGAUCUAUAUGAGCCGCCUGGGAAUCUGGGGUGAAGGCACGCCCUUCAGAGCCUUUGAUGACUUCCUGCACGCCAUCGAGAAAAGAGGUGUGGGUGCCAUGGAGAUUGUUGCCAUGGACAUGAAAGUGAGCGGGAUGUACAUCGCCAGGCAGCUGAGCUUCUCAGGGGUGUCUUUCCGCAUUGAAGAGAUCGGACUGGACAGUGACUUCAAACUGGUUUAUAACAAAGCUGCCAAACUGUGGGCAGAGGCGUUGCAGGUGUUCAUGCGUGCAGCUGAUGAGCUGGGCCUGGUCAGCAGGAAGUCUCUAUGGGGGCAGUUCUGGUCAUCUCACCAGCGCUUCUUCAAAUACCUCUGUAUCGCUGCCAAGGUCCGCUGCCUGGUGGAGCUGGCUCAGAAAGAGCUGCAGGCUGGAAAGUGCAUCGUUAUCGGGCUGCAGUCUACAGGUGAAUCCCGCACCAGAGAAGUCCUGGAUGAAAAUGAUGGGCAUCUCGACAGAUUUGUCUCUGCAGCAGAGGGAGUAUUCCAGUCUCUUGUAACAAAACAUUUCCCUUCAGAGAAACAGAGGAGGGAGAAGGCACCAGGGAAUAAGAGAAAACGGAAGCCUAGAGGUCGCCAGACCAAGGUACCCAAGCACACCGUGGACAGCGGCGGUGUGAUCAACAUCAGCGACGACAGCAGUAGUGACUCCGAUGGCAUGGACACGGACUCCAACUCCUCACCAGACUCCCUGCUAGACAAUGAUGAUGUCAUCUUUGUUAACCACACUAGCUGUCAGACAGCCAGGAUAGAGGAGAUGAAGCAGGGCCUCCUCAAUAAAAUAUCCGAGCUGGGAAAAGAACUACCUCUCAAUACCUUGGACGAGCUCAUUGAUAAGUUCGGAGGACCAGAUAAAGUCUCAGAGAUGACUGGUCGUAAGGGUCGUGUAGUGCGGCGUCCUGAUGGCAGCGUCCGCUACGAGUCACGGGCUGAGCAGGGUCUCACCAUCGACCACAUCAACAUCAAGGAGAAGGAUCGCUUCAUGAGUGGAGAGAAGCAUGUGGCCAUCAUCUCAGAGGCAGCCAGCUCUGGGAUUUCCCUGCAGGCGGACAAGCGAGUGAAAAACCAGAGGCGCAGGGUCCACAUGACCUUGGAGCUGCCUUGGAGUGCAGACAGGGCCAUUCAGCAAUUUGGUCGCACCCAUCGGUCCAAUCAGGUGACGGCCCCAGAGUACAUCUUCCUCAUCUCAGAGUUGGCUGGGGAGAGACGGUUUGCCUCCAUUGUGGCUAAGAGACUCGAGAGUCUGGGUGCGUUAACUCACGGAGACAGAAGAGCCACAGAAUCCAGAGACCUGAGCAAGUACAACUUUGAGAACAAGUAUGGUACCAAGGCUCUGGAUAAAAUCACCAAAGCAAUCCUUGGCCACAUAGAGAACAAGGUGCCCCCUCCCAAAGGCUACCCCGGGGGUGAGGCCAUGUUCUUCAGAGACAUGAAACUUGGAAUGAUGGACGUGGGCAUCUUUUGUAGGGAGCCUCGCUUUGGGAUCAGUACUGAGAAAGACUGCAGCAUCACCAAGUUCUUGAAUCGCAUCCUGGGCCUGGAGGUCCACAAGCAGAACUAUCUCUUCCAGUACUUCACUGACAACUUUGACUACCUAAUCGAGAAGGAUAAGAAGGAGGGCAAAUAUGACAUGGGAAUCCUAGACCUUGCCCCAGGUAACGAUGAGAUCUAUGAGGAGAAGCAGGAAACUUUCCUGACAGUUGGAAACCCUCAGGAUGGACAGGUUGUUCUCUAUAAGAUCAGUGUGGACAGAGGCAUGCCCUGGGACGAGGCCUACAACAGGUUACUGAAGCUCAGCGGUCCCGAGGAGGGAUUCUACCUGUCCCUGAAGCUGCGAGGUAACCACCCAUGUGUGCUGCUAGCCGAGCAAGGAAGAGGCAAGAACUUCAUCGUCUACAAGCCGAAUAUUGGCAAGCAGACCCACCCCGAGAGUCUGGACAACUUGCAUCAACGUUACCGAAAGGUGACUCCAGAGGAAGCCAGAGACAGCUGGGAGAACCAGUUCACCUUCUCCUUCAAGAAGUGUAGCCAUGCCAACUGGAAUGGGAAGUGUAAGAAAAUAGAGGAAGGUCAGGAGUGUCUGCAGGGCAUGCGUCUCCGUCAGUACCACAUGUUGUGUGGAGCUCUGCUGCGUGUGUGGAAGCGUGUUUCCGAUGUGGUGUCUGACAUCACCAGCUCCAGCAUCCUGCAGAUCGUCCGCCUUAAAACCAAACAGCAUAACAAGCAAGUCGGCAUCAAGAUCCCAGAGAACUGCGUGGCCCGCGUGCGGGAGGAGCUGUUGCUAAUGGACGAGGAGGUAAAGAGGAGACGGAAGGAGAGGGAGCAGCAGGCCGUGGAGCAGCGGCUAGCCGAGGAGCGCAUGCGCAAAAUGGAGCAGGAGAACAAACACCUCCUGGAGAAUCUGUUCAACCCUAAACCCAUGCUCAACCAGUCCCUGGCUCAGUCUCUGGCCCAGAGUCAGAUCUUCAAACAGAAACUGAACCAAAACGCUCUGCAAAGGACACAAACUGGGGGCAUCUCUCAGCUGCAGAGACUGCAAGCCCAGUCCGCUUUACAGCCGCCCUCCCAGAAACUACCCCUGUUGUCCUUACAGAGAAACCCCACUCAAACGCAGCAAAGGACCCAUAACAGCUGGAGCAACAAUUCCACCCCCGCCAACCAGGGCGCCGUCCCCAACACGGUUAACAUCCGCUCCAAUUACUCCCAGUUUUACCCCCAGUCCUUUUUGUCCGCUUUCCCACAGCUGAAGAGCCCGUCACUUCCACUCCAUCAGACCACACUGUCUCCCAACUUGUCUUCCAAGAAUCCCCUGGACGAGAUCUUGGACCUGACUGUGAGCUCACCGUCGCCCUCGCCGGACACCACGGAGGGCGGACUGAAUCUGGACAGUCUGGCGGGACACUCUGCAGCGUUCGGAGAUGACUUUAAUCUGGAGUCUCUGAUCUCUCAGACUGCACCGAGUGCCCAAAUACAGCAGCCUCUUUUGCUACAGCAGCAGCAGAACCACAACCUGCUCGCCAAUAACCACCAAGACUUAUUAGAUUUACUUGACUUGCCCCUGUCUCCACAGAUGCCCACACAGAAAGCCAGCCCUUCAUCCUCUACCUCCUCCUGCUCUUCCUCCGCGUCAUCCGCCUCAAACAACCUGGUUUCACACACCGGCCUCCUGCCCGCAUCUGCCCUCAUCCCGACAUCCUCCUCCUCUUCUCUCUUCUCCAGCCCGUCCUCGUCCUCCUCUUUGUUUUCCAACUCCUCCCCUCACUUCUCUUCCAACUAUCUCCUCCCCCAGCCAGACUCUCUAUCCCUACCCAACGGCCACUCCGGCGCUCUUGACGUUCGCGAGGCUCUGAACAGCAUGCUGCAGGGGCCGGACCGCAAGUCUGUCAUUAAGUACCGGCCGCAAGAGUAAGAGCUUAAACAGCGACAGCUCGUCUGGACUUUUCUUUAAGUAAUUUUUUUUUUUGUUUCGUCUUUUAAAGCAGAUUGUGUCUUGUUUGCUGCUGUCUUACGAUCGCACCCUCGGACCUACUCCCUCUCCCCUCAGGGCCUAUAGUCACGUCACUGCCUGUCCUGCACUCGGCUCACCCUUCUCUUUAUCCACCUGUAGCGUUCACCUGCUUGAGGCUGUGUUAGCGGGCUCCGUCAAUAUCAGAUUUCUGCACCAAAGUGUGUCCUCCACAACGAACGGCAGCUGUAAAAACAAAACAACAACAACAAAAAACAAGAAGUGAAAAAACAAACUGUAUUUUAUUGAACAUACGAGCUGUCAAAACAAAAGCUCACUCAUCAAGGUGUGGAAAUUUUUAACGAACCUCCCGCUGCUGAUUUUACGAGGUAUGAUUGGUGAAGUUGCUGGAAGCUCUAAAUGCCUUUCACCAGUUGAAACCGCAUCUUUUAGACUUUGCUUUACUGUUACUCCGCUUCAUGGCCGUUUGUCUUGACUAAAACAAGGCUGUAUGCAAGGCUUGGUUUGAGUGAAACAAAAGAUCGCAUCGAACUGGAAGAUGAGAAAAACAACAGAUGAAAUCUUUUUAGCUGAUUAGCCAUGAAAUGCCUCAUUUAUUUUUUUUCUUCUGCGCGCUCCCUCUUGUUUCUCUCCCGGUUUGUAUGAACACUAGUGUGAGGAAAAAGGGAGAGGAAGAGCAGUCUGCUGUUGCAAACAGUGCCUUUGGAGAAAUCUUUCAAUGCAGUGUUUAAAAAAUCCGUGUAGCCUAAUGUAUAGAUUUGUACUCUUGAGCGUUGGUUUUCAUUUUAAUUUAAAUAUGGUAUAUUUGUAUUUAACUUUUAGCCCCUUCAGUCAGUCAGUCAGUCAGUCAGUCAGUCAGUCAGUCAGUCAGUCAGUCGUCGUUUGUGUUACACUAUGCUGGUGGUGGGUUUCAGGAAAAAGCCUCCAUUAAGCCUGUAUGUGCUCGUAUGAUUGUCUGUGUAGCUGCUCCCAAAACAAGAGCGGCGUCCCUUUUUUUUCUGUGUCCGUCUGUCCCUGCCUGUUGAUGCGGCAAUGUGCUACAUGGUCAGUAUGGCACAGAUUAUCAAGCAGUGCGGAUAAAAAAAAUUGUGUCCAAAAAAAAUUCUCACCCUUUUUUUUUUUUUUUUUGUAAGCAUUUAGUGAUGUGACUCCUGGUUUUAUCUGAUUUUGAAUUUCUCAGGAAAGUCUCGAGUGCUUUGUUGUUGUUUUUUUGUGUCAUUUUGACCAACAAACGUAUGGAAAUUAGUUUUUAAGUUUCAGUGGAUGACGAAGAAUUUCAAGUUUUUAUCGCUGUGAGGUCUGAAAAGAAAAAGGAAGCAGAUGUCUCAUUAAAGGUCCAGUGUGCAAGAUUUAGAGGUGAGGUUGCAGAGCUAAAACCUCUCCUGUGUGCCAAGCAUGUAGGAGGAUUACAGUGGCAGAUAGGAAAACGCAAAUGGGUAGCCAGCGUUUGGUUUGUCUGUUCAUGGCUUCCGUAGAACAACAUGGAGGACGGGCACUCCCAAAACGAAACAAAAACACAACUCUUAUUGUCAGGUGAUUAUAAAAGAAUGAAAACACAGAUAUGAAUAUUAUAGACGUCCCGAAAUUCCUCACGCUGGACCUUUAAAUUUGUUUCCAUUUCAGGCGUCAAGGCUUUAAAAACACUUGAAACGUGCGGACGUGUGAUGUUCACUGUGUAUGAUAUUUAAAAACCUGUGAGAUCCGGUCAUCUUUGUGUGAAAACGAUGCACUGUAGUGAGUUCGUGACAAAAUCUCGGUUUAAGUUCAAGUGAUCUAGAAGCAAUAAAACCAUAUUCUACACUUGUUGUGAAACAGAAAAUGCCUACGUACUGUUUACGCUCAACAGGCAAAGCUUUGUGGUUACCUUUGCAUGGUAUGAAUCUUCUUAUUUCUGUUUGUGCUUCAUAGUCUUUAGUUAAACAAAAUACAACAAUGCAUACAACCUUUGUAUAGUAAGUUUUCACGGGACGAGCGCAAUGCGUUCUUGAUGUUUUAGUCAUCGUUAUUAUAAAAGUUAUUGUUAUUUAUAUUUAAGGGAUAUUUAGAUUUUAGAUAUGUUAUCCUGCUUAUUAGAGUAGUCGACGAAAUGUUUGGUCAGGGAAGUUUCUAGUUUUCAAGAUUACUAUAAGACAAAUUCUAUUAUAACCUGCCACCAAAUAAGAUUGCACUGUUCUGUACUGCUGUACAGCGUCUGGAUUUAUUUCUGCUCAUUUCAGUUUGUUUCUCAAAUAAAAAUCGUUUCUCCGACUCGUAGACCUUUUGUCAGGCCUCCAGUUCGCAGAGAGAUACCAAAGUAUUCCACGGGCACCCCUAAAGUUACUGGCUCUAAGAUAUCAGAUCUUUUUAUCAAUCUCAGGAAGAAACCUACAAGAGGUGUAACGGCGGGGCGUUAGCAGAAAUAUAUCAUUUCUCCUUCUAACAGUGGUGAAACUAACCAGUACAUGUGCUAUUUUGUUCUUAACUGUGCUGUGACUCUUGCUGUAUUUAUGUUUUAGACUUAAUGUGAUGGGUUUGUUGUUUGUCCUUGUGAACAUGUCGGUGAUUCGUAAUGUUUAUGCCUUCUUAGGGCAAAGAUCAAAGGCUGUUUCUUUUUUAAGGAACAUUAUUUUUUUUUCUGUUUUCAGUUGUGUUCAUUCAUGUUAAAGCUGACAGAUGUUUCGAGUCGAUUCGCACCUGAGUUAUACUUAUAUGUGCAAUGCAUCUGUCCAAGCCCGCCCCUCCCUCAGUGUAACACAUGUUCUAGUUUAGACACAAAGUAUCUCCGAUUCUUGUACACGCUUCUUUUAUUUUUAUUUGCAGCUUCUUAGUAUAGCUUGUUUUCUGGUACAAUCAUUAAUUUUGCUUUGAAUAUUCCUCAUCAUUCCCAGACACCAGUCUGCAAAAGAUUUGCCUUCGAUUUUGUUUUAUAGUCAGACAAAUAAAGCUUUAUGCAUUUGAGGGAUAUGGACCGCAUUUCUAGGAAGAAAAAGCUUUUUGUUUUAAUUUGUAGUCAUAGUGUAGUUAGGCCUUUUAUCGUUUUAUUAUUAUCAUUUUGCACUAAGAAUGGCAUAAUCAAGUUACUGUUCUGUCGUUGGUUAUGAUUGAGCGUUGCAAGCCUGUUGUUUUCUCGGAUCUUUGAUGGAUAGCUCUGUGUAUACUGUAACCAUCUUUUUUUUUUGUUUCUCCACCGUUUGCAUAUUACAUACAUGUUAUCACUCUCAACAUAAUUUAUUGCUAACAGAAAAAAAACAAAAAACAUGCUACUGAUUGUAUGUAUUUUUAAACAAAGCAUAUUUUUUCUCUAAAAAAAAAAAAAAGAAACUGUGUUCAGCACUUUUAUUCUGGGUUGUGCUUUUGUUUUCUAUAUAUUUAUAAUUUAGAUCCAAAUGUAUAUAUUGUAAAAUUUGUGCCUUUCGACUAAUUCUUUAAAAAGGUUUUCUACUCAUUAAAGGAAGGACUAUAUGAAAUUGCAAUCUUAACUUUGUAAACAAAUAAAAACUUGAAGAUUGCUGAAAC